AUGCCUUUCUCAAUUUUCAGGAAAUUAGAACUUGGUGAAAUGAAAGAUACUGGUGUGUCUCUUCAAUUAGCUGAUCAAAGUACUAAAAAGCCCAAAGGAAUAAUUGAAAACGUCCUCGUUAGAGUAGAUAAAUUUGUAUUCCCGGUAGAUUUUAUAGUACUUGAAAUGGAAGAAAAUACUGAGGUACCAUUAAUUUUAGGUAGACCAUUUCUCGCAACAGGGAGAGCGUUCAUUGAUGUUCAUCAAGGACAAUUAAUAUUGCGAGUUGAUGAGGAGAGAGUAAUUUUUGAUAUGCAGAAAAUGAUGAAAUUUCCUAGGAAUGAGUCAUCAUCAUCUUGUUUUCAAAUUGACUUACUAGAUGACCUUGUAGAUGAAUUCAAGGAUGAUCAAUUAAUUACUGAUUCAUUAGAAAGAUUCUUGGUCAGGUCAGGUACCACAAUCAAAAAAGAAGCCGAAACACUAGAAAAAGAUUCAGAAAAUGAGAAAAUCUCACCAGAAGAAGUUCAACCGAAAAUUGAACUCAAAACUCUCCCUUCUCAUUUGAAAUAUAUCUUUCUUGAACCUGAAUUAUUUUCGGUAGUUAUUUUAUCGUCUUUAACUGCAGAACAGGAAAUAAAACUAAUUAGAGUUUUAAGAGAACACAAAAGAGCAUUAGGGAGGACUAUAGCUGACAUCAAAGGAAUCAGUCCAGCUAUUUGCACACAUAGGAUCCUUAUGGAGGAUAAUUACAAGCCAAUAGUCCAGCCCCAAAGGAGACUUAAUCCAGCAAUGCAAGAAGUUGUCAAGAAAGAAGUAGUGAAACUUCUAGCGGCAGGUAUCAUUUAUCCAAUAUCUGAUAGCCUUUGGGUAAGUCCUGUACAGGUAGUACCAAAGAAAGGAGGACAUAAAGUUACUGCUAAAGGAAUAGAAGUUGAUAAGGCUAAAAUUGAUCUUAUAGCAGGAUUACCCCCUCCUACCACUGUUAAAGGCAUUAGAAGUUUCUUAGGGCAUGCAGAUGAUUGCAGAAAUGCAUUUGAGUUUCUCAAGGAACAAUUGACUAAUGCUCCAAUUGUUGUUUCUCCUGAUUGGAGCCAGCCAUUUGAAAUAAUGUGUGAUGCAAGUGAUACAGCAGUACGAGCAAUAUUGGGACAAAUGAAAAACAAGAUCUUUAGACCCAUAUACUAUGCCAACAGAACACUCAAUGAAGCUCAAAUGAAUUAUGCAACAACCGAGAAGGAGUUAUUGGCAGUAGUAUUUGCAUUUGACAAAUUUCGUUCUUAUUUGAUAGGAACAAAGGUUACAGUGUUCACUGAUCAUGCAGCCUUAAAGUAUCUAUUAGCAAAGAAAGAUGCUAGACCUAGAUUGCUAAGAUGGAUACUCCUUUUGCAAGAAUUUGAUCUCGAAAUAAAAGAUAGAAAAGGUUCAGAAAAUCAG